UGUCUCGGCCUCUCUGUCUCUCUCCUACUUUCUAUGCGUCUGUGUCUGUCUUUUUCUUGCUUUAUUUCUUAUCGCUUGCUUUACUCGCCCUUUCCUUCUGCUUUCUUUCGCCCUGGGAAUUGCCCUUCUCUUUCCUUCAUCGAAGGGAUAGUUCUACUAACAAUGAAGGCUGCCAAAGGAAAAGGGGCAGUGAAGAAAGACGCGAAGGAGUCACUGAAGCUUGUUGACGACAGAAAGAUUGGGAAGCGAAAGGCUGCUGUUAAGCCAGAUAAGGGUAGCAAAAGAAAGGCCAAGAAGGAAAAAUUGGCCAAGAAAGAUCCUAACAAGCCAAAGAGGCCUCCGAGUGCCUUUUUUGUCUUCCUAGAGGAAUUCCGGAAGACUUACAAGCAAGAUCAUCCUAAUGUGAAGGCUGUCUCAGCUGUUGGAAAAGCUGGAGGCGAGAAAUGGAAAUCCUUGUCUGUGGCUGAGAAAGCUCCAUAUGAAGCAAAAGCUGCAAAAAAGAAGUCAGAGUAUGAAAAGCUUAUGAAUGCCUACAACAAGAAACAGGAAAGUGGGGCUGAUGAUGGUGAUGAGGAGUCUGACAGGUCAAGAUCUGAAAUCAAUGAUGAAGAUGAGGAAAGUGGUGCAGAGGAGGAAGAGGAGGAGGAGGAUGACGAGGACUGAGAAUUUGUUGUGCUUUUCUGACUUUUUAUUUUGGUUGACCCAGGUCAUGUCUGGAUUGUGUAUGAUCAUACCCGUAGGUUAUAUGUAAUGAUUUUUGGUAUGGAAAAAGAUGCAGUUUUUUGCUGUAGCUGUGUUCCAUUUGGGAAUGUUUGUUGUAUUUACCAAGUGUGUCUACUUUCUUCUUCAGUUGAAUAUAUGUAGCAUGUUAGUAUCAAGCAACCUAUUCCUGAGAGCAUAUUGAUUUUCCUUUGUUGCA